GGUUGAGCUCACACAUGUGAAUUUUUUUUUAACACGUGACAAAAUAGGCCUUGUGUUGUUCAUUUUCAAGAGUUUCUCAAGUAGCUCUAUAAAUAUUUGCUCAACCACUCUUUCUUUAUAUAUCUUUUUCUGAUUAAUCUUCUACUUUAUUAAGAAAAAUGAGUGAGGAGCACAUAAGAGAGCCAUUGUUGGAGAAAAAACAAUACUAUAGAGAUUGUCCUGGUUGUAAGGUGGAACAAUCCAAAGAGCUCAAUCAAGGGCUAUCCAUUACUAAUCUUUUCAUCAUAUGGGCAGUAGUAUUAUGUUCAACACUGCCUGCAUCAUCACUCUUUCCAUUCCUUUAUUUCAUGAUUAGGGAUUUUAAAAUCGCAAAAGACGAGGCUGAUAUUAGUUACUAUGCCGGUUAUGUAGGAUCAUCAUUCAUGCUUGGAAGAACAUUGACAUCUGUAUUAUGGGGAAUGGUUUCUGAUCGCUAUGGUCGAAAACCUGUUAUAAUUUUCGGUGUUUUUACAGUUGUGGUUUUCAACACAUUAUUUGGCUUAAGUACAAGUUUUUGGAUGGCUGUUAUCACAAGAUUUCUUCUGGGAUGUUUAAAUGGUGCAAUUGGACCAAUAAAGGCCUAUGCGGUUGAACUUUUUCGAGAAGAACACCAAGCUCUUGGCCUCUCAAGUGUCAGUGCAGCUUGGGGAACAGGUUUAAUCAUUGGACCAGCAUUGGGAGGCUAUUUGGCUCAGCCAGCAGAGAAAUAUCCACAUAUAUUUCCAAAGGAUUCCUUCUGGGACAAGUUUCCUUAUUUCUUGCCGUGCUUUAUAAUAUCAGGAGUUUCAUUUGUAGUAGUUAUCGCCUGCUUCUGGAUUCCGGAAACACUUCACAAUCACAAUAGUAGCGAUGAGGCUAUAGAUGAUGCUGAAGCCAUAGAAAAUGGAAGCACCGAGGUUGACAAAGAAAAGACGAUACAAAAUAAUGAAAAUCUCUUCAUGAAUUGGCCUUUAAUGUCAUCUAUCAUUGCUUAUUGUGUCUUCUCACUUCAUGAUAUUGCCUAUCAAGAGGUUUUCUCUUUGUGGUGUGUUAGUCCUCCAAGUCUAGGAGGUUUGAACUUCUCAACUGAUGAUGUUGGUAAUGUUCUUGCAAUUUCAGGUAUAGCACUUGUGAUCUACCAACUUACCCUAUACCAAUAUAUGGCAAAAGCUUGUGGAACUGUUCGCAUUGCCAGAAUCACAGGGAUAUUUUCAAUACCAAUUUUGCAAAGUUACCCGUUCAUAGCGAUGUUGUCCGGCAUAGCCUUAUAUAUAGUCAUUAGUAUUGCUUCCAUCCUCAUGAAUAUUAUCUCAGUGACGAUUAUAACAGGUUUAUUCCUUCUACAAAACCGAGCAGUGGAACAACACCAAAGAGGGGCAGCUAAUGGCAUUUCUAUGACAGCUAUGUCGUUCUUCAAAGCUAUUGGCCCUGCUGCAGGUGGUACAAUGCUAACGUGGUCACAAAAGCGUUUGGAUGCUACUUUUCUCCCGGGCACCCAUAUGGUCUUUUUCUUCCUGAAUUUAGUCGAAGGACUAGGUAUACUAAUGAUGUUCAAACCAUUCCUCGGUGAAAAGAAGAAAACGCAGUUGGAUCAGUUACAUUGAUAUCAGAAAACUUUGCUCUAAUUAUGCAGUAUAACAUGGACAUCAUUGAGGACAAUGAUGGCAACUAGAUGCAUAAUUAGCCUAGUUCUUUGUUUCUAAAUUGAUAGUAGCAAUUAAAUGUACAAAAUCAAGUGAAAAGCAUCACAUAACAAUGAAUGUGAUCAAGAAAGGAAAACAAUAUAGGGAUUGUACAAAAUCAAGUUAAUGUGUUUUAUUGCAAUCAUGAUUCUCAAGUUGAAAGUGACUUCAUUAAUAAAAUCUACAUUUUCCUUC